AUGGCAACAACAACUCCCUCGAACAAGCGGCCAAAGGUCAUCCUCUUUGACAUUGGCGGUGUGUGUGUCAUCUCCCCCUUCCAAUCCAUCCUCGACUACGAACUCAGCCUAGGCAUCCCCCCCGGCUGGGUCAACUACUCCAUCUCGCGCACCGCGCCGUCCGGGUUCUGGCACCGGCUCGAAACGGGCCGCAUCCCGAUGGACGCGGCCUUCUUCGCGGGCUUCAACCGCGACCUGCACGACCCCGCCCGCUGGGAAGCCUUCCACCGCGCCCAGCGCGCCCGCAACCCCUCCCUCCCCCAAACCACCCCCCCACUCCCCAAGCUCGACGGCGAGUGGCUCUUCCACGACAUGAUGUCCUCCGCGCGCUCCCCGGACCCGUGGAUGCUCCCGGCCCUGAAAGCCCUCAGAGCCAGCGGGCGGUACGUGGUGGCCGCGCUCAGCAACACGGUCAUCUUCCCGCCGGCGCACGAGUUCGCGCAGGCCGAGUUCUUCGACGACCCGAUCCGGAGUUUGUUCGACGUGUUCGUGUCGUCGGCGCACGUCGGGCUGCGCAAGCCGGAUCCCAGGAUUUAUGAGCUGGCGCUGCAGCGGGUGGAUGAGUUUGCGAGGGCGAAUGCGGAUUCGGAGCGGGGUCGUGCGUUGGGGUGGGCGGAGGGGGUGACGGCGGGGGAGGUGGUGUUUUUGGAUGAUAUUGGGGAGAAUUUGAAGGCCGCGAAGGCGGCUGGGUUUGGGACUAUCCGGGUGCCGCUUGGGAGGGCGUAUGAAGCGGUGGAGGCGCUAGAGGGGGUGACGGGGUUGAAGUUGGCGGGUGACCACCCCAAGGUGCCUAUCAAGCCGAAUUAUAAGGGGAGCAAGGCUAAGAUGUGA